CGCACAGCCGUUCUUAACAACAGUAGUUCUGAAGGUGAAACAACCUGGGGUACGAAUUUAUCGAGAUUCCGAGCAGGUUUACUGUAUUGAUGACGUUAAUUCGACGCAGCCAGUAGUGUUUCGUCAACUUGAGGAUAUCUUUCACCACCAUCGUUGAGAAACACAAUUGGGCGAACAAGUAUAGUUUGUUGUGAAGUGACGAUAGACGAAAACGUGCGAUAAUUGUACCAGGGCGAUAAAGAGAUAACUGGACAACAACUAGUGAUUGAAUUAAAGCGAAUAUGGCAAUGCCGCCGUAUCGGGCCGAGACAUAACAUCGCGGAAUUAUGCCAGCUAUCAAAAUGUGUGAAAGAAAAGUAGUAUUUUGUUAUGGAUUGGCAUACAUCGUAUGUAUGCAGAUCAUGACAACGAACUCGCGAACCUCGACACUGUGGAAACUUAAUUCCGAGGAAGGAAAAAUCGUUUGUGUUACUUCAAUCAGAGAUCGACAGGCAAAGUCAACUUUCUCAAACGCACUAGAAUCCCUGUACACAGAUAACGAAAACGACUCGAAGCUUCAUUUUAGAAGUUUCCAGGAGCUAGUGCAAACCGCUCUGCCAAACGAGGAUGAAGAAUCUACAUUUCACAUUAUUACUAGCACCGCCAGCAGCUUUCGGGAUAACACAUGGAGCCGGAAAUCAUCUGAUAAGCAUCGGUUGAAUGUUGCUACAAGCACCACCGCCUUUGGCAAGAGCUUCAAAUCGAAAACGGAAGCGCCAACUGCCGACAGUGAUGAGCUCGACUGCGGCAAACCAGUGAAUUUCACCUACUAUGACGAUCUGAUUGGUAUAGCGCAACGAUAUAAUCAUCCGGAUGUGCCUGAACCUGAAGUAGCCUAUCUAUUUCUGAAGAAAAAAGGCUACAAAUCAUUUAAAAACUUCAAUAUAGAUGCCUUAGAACGGCGGUUGCGAAAAGCGAAAAGUGAAAAGCCCCGCUCGGUGCAGCUGUACAAUCAGAUAGGGAAUUUUUGGCGAAUAAAGGGCAACGCACGCCUUUCGAUUGAAUGCUUUCGAAGGGCGCUUGCCAUCGCUCCCAGCAACGCAGAGGUGCUGCUGAAUCUCGCCAGGGUGCUGUUUAAUCUGCAGUAUCUGGAUGAUGCUAUUCAUCUUACUAGGCGCUCUCUAGAAGUUCAACCAAGGGAUCGCAGUGCUUGGCAACAGUAUUUCACACUAGGAGAAAUUUUUAAGGCGUACGGUCACUUCCAGGAAGCGGUCAAUCAUCUGCGCCAAGCGCUGGAGCUGUAUCCGCAAUACGAACCAAUCAAAAAAGCAAUCGCGGAUGUAGAGCAUAUCUCAACAUCCUCGCUGCACAUCUUUACGAUCAUUAUCAUCGUUUUUCUGGUGAUGUGCGUACUGUACGUGAUUCUUUCAUCAAGCGAUGGCAAUUCAAACAGCCAAGAGUUAGAUCUGAAAACUUCGCGCCACUUUAACCGAGCGAUGGCCAUGCGAUCGCUGAAGGGCUUCACUCAGCGGUCAUUGAAGAACCGGAAGUAAAGGAAACGUUGUCAGAAAUCAUUCAGCCCUGUUUGAAGCAUAUGAUUAGUAGUCAAAAUGAGUGAAGAUCUUCCUUAUGCCACAGCGGAACAAAUAUUAAUGUAGGCAAACGUGUGAAGCAGUGAUAGCCCUACAAGAAUGCUAAGUUUCUGAAAUGAUUUAGCUUUCGUGUUGAAAAGCUAUCUAGAACAAGGCAUACGAUGCAGUCCCAAACUAAUGUUAUAUAGGCACUAGGCAUUUAAGCUUCGAAUACAUAUAGUUCGAUAUCUAGAGGCUGCUGAAGAUCAUAAUGCGCAACAUUUGUCUCUAUGAUGAAGGCAAAUUAACAUUCGUUUUAAAAAUAUUUUAAAAUGAAAUAUUUUUUAUGUUACCGUUAGGAUUUUAUCUCUGCGUGCGAUUUACUUAAACCCGUUACGGACAUUAGUCAUUAGUAUAUAAAAGAACAAAUAAAAGCAGUAAACAGUAACAUAAAUUAGUUCCCUCCUUAUG